AUAGUUUGUUGUCAUCGGAAGAUAUUUACCAUUUUUAUUAGAAAAUAUUUAAUAAUUUCAGUUGGAAGAUGCCGAAAUCAAAACGAAAUAAACUAGUAUCCCUUACUCAGACUACGAAGAAAGGCUUAGAAUUAAAAUCUUCUCUAAUAAAGGAGGUCCAGGAAUGUGUCGACAAAUAUGCUCGUAUUUUUGUUUUCUCUGUCGAGAAUAUGAGAAAUUCAAAAUUAAAAGAUGUUAGAAAUGAAUGGAAGCACAGUAGGUUUUUCUUUGGUAAGAAUAAAGUGAUGAUAGUUGCCCUUGGAAAAGACAAACAAGGGGAAUACAAGGAAAACCUUUCUAAAGUCAGCAAGCAUUUAAAAGGUCAGCGAGGGCUUUUGUUUACAAACAAAACAAAAGACGAAGUUCUUCAAUGGUUUUCUGAAUUUAAAGAACUUGAUUUUGCAAGAUCUGGAAAUAUUGCAACCCAUGACUUAAGACUGGAUGCCGGUCCACUGGAUCAGUUUACUCAUUCUAUGGAACCAAAUCUGAGACAGCUGGGUCUUCCAACAUCGCUUCAAAAAGGAAAAGUUGUCCUCCUGAAUGAUCACGAAGUAUGCAAGACUGGUGACGUCCUAACACCAGAGCAAGCAAGAAUACUUAAACUGAUGGGCAACCCAAUGGCCGAGUUUUGUGUAACUCUUGUGUGUGUUUGGUCAAACGAUGGUACUUUUGAAGAGUUCACGUGAUUGUGAGGAACGGGGCGAAAAUGUGAACGCCAUGCAGCCUGAAGAUCAAUAUGGCACUUCUUUCCUCAAAAAUGUACUUAAGAACAAUUUAGCGAACUCGGAAUUUUACAAACUUUGCAUGUCUUUAAAAUAGAGCGACAUUAAAGACAGGCGAAAAACCUCUGAUGGUCCAUUUCACAAAGAGAACGAUUAUUUUAAAGCAUUUUCUUGAAAUAAAAUAAUCAAAUGUAUAAAAAAUCUUACGGGAACACAAGAACACAGUGUACUCGUUUAUUCAUUUAGUCUUAGUCACUGUUUGAUUAUCCGUUCCGCUUACCAACGGAUUGGGCUUUUUCGCGCGUGUAAACAGAUAAAAACAUGCAGUCAUAUGUGGCAAUACACGCCCGGCGACGCUAAAAAAAUGUAAUUGAAUAAUCAACAAGUAAUUUAGAUAAAAUACACAAUGAUUUUAUAUAAUUCA